AUGGUCCUCCAGCAUCUCUGGCACGCGAUCAGGGACACAGUCCGACGCGACAGCUCAGAGAUUCCAACAGCAUGCUAUAAUGACUGCAAUGACGCCGCCGUCGAGGUCCAAUCAUCAGACAAAACGCCCAGCAUCUGCGACUCGAAUUCAAAGUUCCUGGUCGGAGUAGGCACCUGCCAAAAAUGCAUUGAGCAAAACUCGACGACAACAUACAACGACACCAUCCUGCCAUCCUUCGAAGAAUUUCUCAAUUACUGCAGCCAGAUCGCCUCCGACCAGACUCAAUCGGCUCAGAUCCAGUCCCUGCUAAGCCAGGAAACAGCCGCACAGUCUGCGCUAACGGGCCUCGGAUACUCUGCCUCCAGGACCACUACUUACGCCGUGCCAUCGCUGACCGACGUACCGAAUUGGGUGACGGGAUAUCAAACCGGGCAGCCAAGUGUAGCUGGGCUGGAAAAUUAUUCGAAUGUUAGCACUAUCGUGCCGGCCGUGGUGGUUCCUGUGGUCGUGGUCGGGCUGACGGUGGCGCUGGGCUUCUUCUUCCUCCGCCGUCGACGGAACAGGAAGGUAGACCCUGUUGCUACUGAUUCGUCCCUGCCCCCUAUAGAUAAGCCACAACUGCAUUCCGAUGAUUUCAGGCCGGAAUUGGAUGGGGCAGAGGGGCCCAAACCGUACGCCGUCCGAACGUUCGAUUUACCCCCGCUCGAGAUGCCAGUGCAAGAGGAUGUACGGCGCGAGGAUGUAGCACGAGAGCUAGAGGGUAAUGCCGGCCGUGGUACCUAG